CAGCUGGUCUUAACGUUAUUCAUGAAGCUGAUCUCGUUCAUGGACAUAUACACGGAGGAAACAUAUUGGUUGAAAACGAAGCAGAUUCAAUAGAUACUAGAAUCGCGGAUAUUUGUUUACACGGUCCGAUUGAUAGACCAUCACGACAAAGUUAUGGAGUUAUACCUUUCGUUGUUCCUGAGAUUUUUUUAAUGGAAAUACGCCAUCGAACAGCCUAUCAACUUUACGAAAGUUUUGGAAAUAUAGUUGCCACCAUAUGUGAUGAUCAAAAUACUGAUAAAUUUGAUGCCACUGAAGAGGCUAAAUUUUCAAAAUCUGUUUCAGAUGCCGAAGGAUGGACUCGUAUUGGACCCACAAAAGUUGCUCUUAAAAGAUUUAACAAUUCACAAAUUACAAGCGAAGAUUAUGUAAAACAACUAUAUCAACUUCAUUUUUUACGAAGAGAAUGUAUUGCAGAAUAUUUUGGAAUAACCAAAGAUCAUUCUUCAAAUUAUUUUUUCGUUAUGAAAUAUUAUGAGAAUGGAAAUUUACUUUCAUACCUUGAUGAAGCGCAAGGAAUGCUUUGCUGGAGAGAUAUUAUUGAAAUGUUAUGGGGAAUAUCUGGAGGAAUUGAAUGUUUACAUAAUAUUGAAUUUAUUCAUGGUAAUCUUCAUGGAGGAAAUGUAUUAAUUGAAAAUGAACCAAAUUUAGUAGAUACACGUAUCGAUGUAGGAUUACAUUCAGUUUUUCGGGAAAAUUUAAAUGAAAGUUAUGGAGUACUUCCGUAUGUUGCUCCUGAACUUUUGCAAGGAAUAUCACCAACCAAAGCUUCAGACAUUUAUAGCUUUGGAAUUAUCAUGUGGACACUCUCUGCGGGUAUUCGACCAUGGUGUAAUAGACCUCAUGACCUUGAAUUAGCUACUUUAAUUUGUCUUGGGAAUCGUCCCGAAAUAUUUGAAGGGACUCCAAAUGUUUAUAGUCAAUUGAUGAAGCAAUGCUGGCAUCCUGAUCCUUUAAAACGACCAACUGCGUCUCACCUAUAUGAAUUAUUAGGAAAUUGGGUGUCCGCUAUCUGUGACGACCCCGAGUCCUCGGAUUUAUCAGAUCAAUUUGAUAUUGCUGAAGAAAAGAAAUUUUCCGAAUUUGAAAACAAUCAAUUUCACCAACAAGAAAUUCACACAAAAGCAUUUUAUACAAGCAGGCUUUUGCAUUUUCCCAAAUUAUUUAAUUCCAACUAUAAAUAA